AAGUCCCCGCGGCGCGUCUCGGGCGGGCGGCAGUGCGGCGCCGGACGGCAUGGCGGAGGGCGCGGAGGGCGCGGAGGGCGCAGAGGGCGCGGGCCGAAGGCUGGGCCGCCUGCUGGAGGCCGUGCUGGCGAGCCCCGGCGAGGCCAACGCGGUGUUCGACAUCCUGGCGGUGCUGCAGGCCGAGGACCCGGAGGCCGUGCAGGAGGCCGUGCGCGCCUGCAGCCGCCUGUUCGGGGCCCUGCUGCGGCGCGGGGAGCUGUUCGUGGGCCCGCUGCCCCCGGAGGACGCGGUGCUGGCGGGGUCCGGGGGCGCCACCCGCAAGUACCGGGUGUGGAUGAGGCAUCGCUACCACAGCUGCUGCGGCCGCCUGCGGGAGCUGCUGGAUCACCGCGCGCCGGUCGGGGUGCUGGCCCUGGAGACGCUCAUGAAGUUCGUGCGGCUGGAGGGCGCGCACCCGCUGCAGAGGCCCAAGUGGGAAGGCGCCUACCUGUUCCCGCACCGGCUCUUCAGGUCGGUGGUGGACGGCCUGCUCUCGCCCGAGGAGGAUCGCUCGCUGCUGCUGGCUCGCUUCCGGGAGCACCUGGAGCACGACGACGUGCGCUUCCACACCAUGCGGGCGGUCACUGACGCGCUGGCCCGAGUGGCCGGGGGGCACCCGGAGGUGCCCCUGGCCUUCUGGAACAACGCCUUCACGCUGGUGUCCUCCGUGAGCCUGCCCAGCCAGGCUGGCCACACCCCACGCUUCUACGUGGAGCACACAGACACAUCGGACAAGUGGAAGGUUGUUCACCUGAAGGAGCACAGGAAGGCCUUUCAGCUGAUGUGGCUCACCUUCCUCCGGCAUAAGCUGCCCUUGAGUGUCUGCAAGAAGGUGUUGGUGAUUCUGCACGACACGGUGCUGCCUCAUCUGGCCCAGCCCAGCCUCAUGCUGGACUUCCUCACAGGUGCCUGCGACUCAGGGGGCGCCAUCAGUCUCCUGGCCCUGAACGGCCUCUUCAUCCUGAUUCACAAGCACAACCUGGAGUACCCUGAUUUCUACCGGAAACUCUAUGGCCUCCUGGACCCGUCCAUCUUCCACGUCAAGUACCGCGCCCGUUUCUUCCACCUGGCCGAUCUCUUCCUGUCGUCCUCCCACCUGCCCGCAUACCUGGUGGCGGCCUUCGCCAAGCGCCUGUCCCGCCUGGCACUCACAGCGCCGCCCGAGGCCCAGCUCCUGGUCCUGCCCUUCAUCUGCAACCUGCUGCGCCGCCAUCCUGCCUGCCGCGCCCUGGUGCACCGGCCUGACGGCCCAGAGCUGGACUCAGACCCGUACAACCCCCUGGAGGAGGACCCGGCCCACAGCCGGGCGCUGGAGAGCUCACUGUGGGAGCUGCAGGCCCUGCAGCGACACUACCACCCUGAGGUGUCCAAGGCCGCCAGUGUGGUCAGCCAGGCCCUGUCCACAGCCGAGGUCCACGUCGCCCCCCUGCUGGAGCUCACUGCCUUUGAGAUGUUCGAGCGGGAUCUGGAGAAGAAGGGGCCAGAGCAGGUGCCUCUGGAGUUCCUUCCGGCACAAGGCCUGCUGGGACGGCAGGACAGCCUCUGCGCUCAGCUCUUCACGCUCAGCUGACCCCCCCCUCGCCCCCCCCCUCCACACCCC